AUGUUAUUAGAAAAACAUAGUCGAAUAUUAACGAUAGCUAUGGAAGCAUUAGUGCAGGAUUUCGAACCACGCCAUGCUAUUCCAUAUAUGUGUUCGGAAGGAAUUUUCAGUGAUGACCAGCAGGAAAUAAUCCUUGGCAUGACGGGACGCACGCUACGUGUGAUGGAAUUCAUUCGACAGUAUCGAAAGUCAGCGAAUGCCCUUGAUCCAUUAAUAGCAUAUUUCGAGAAAUAUGGACAGCAACAUUUAGCGCAUCUUUUGUCGAAAGAUUAUAUACCUGAAGAUCAACCCUUAUUAACAUCUGAUGCGUUGGAAGAUCGGCUUUUUCUGGAAGGAAAUGUGCCGAGACUGCCGUUUUAUCGUGUGUUACGAGCAAAUUUGCUGGAAAAGUUGAAGAAUUUAUUAGUUGACUUAUCAUCUCAAGAUCAGUUUUGGCUUGUCGUCCACGGGUUUCCUGGAUGUGGCAAAAGUUUUUUAGCUGCCACCGUUUUACACGCUUAUCCAAUAUUAUUAAGUCGUUAUUACGAACACGUUAUAUGGGUUGAGGAUGGCUGUACCAGUGCAAGUCAGCUGUCUGGAGUUUUCUCAAACUUCGUAUUUCUAGCGACUGAUGCAUUGGUCUUAACCGGAAAAGAAACUUUUGCCCAAUUUUUGCCGUUGGCCAAAACUGCGUUACGUGAGAAACCAAAUACAUUGGUAGUAUUAAAUGAUAUUUAUCUUCAAGAAAGUGUGCGUUGGUUUGAUCAGCUGAAUUGUCGUAUCCUAGCCACAAGUCGUAACUUGGAAAUAUUUCAAGUAUCCUCUUCAAAUCCUGUGCAUUUUGCAGUUGAUCCACCUGGUUUUUCUUUGGCGGAAACAGAGAUAAUGUUCCAGCAACUACACUCUUCCGCUGCAGUGUCCUCAUCUUCUUAUAAUAAACAUCUUUUUCAUAUUCAUAGAAGAACGAUGGGCUUACCGGCACUUCUUGGCAUAGUAAGACAACAGGCAUGCAACAGUCAUAAUGACUUCUAUAACUUACGUUGCUUAUUGAAUUAUUAUCCUCUUACAACCAUAUCAACUUUUACUUAUUAUAAGCACAAAAAUAUGGUUGAUGCGAUUAUGGAGUCCUAUAAAUCUCUAACUGAAUGUCAAAAAACAAUUAUGGAAACUUUUGUCAUUUUUGGCUAUGAUCAAUGGGUACCGCUAGAGCUGGUUUUACUAUGUGUUCCGUUUGAUAUAUCUGGAGAUCAGGAUAUUUCAUGUAUGAUGUUGCAAGAAUUAGAACCGUUGGUAAAAUCAUCAUUAUUAGAUAAAAGAAUUGCUGCUUUGGAUGGUAAAGUCGAUAGUGAUGUGCCGUUGUUGUAUGAUUUCCAUAUUAAUCUUAUCAUGCAUUCGUUUCUUUCUGUUACGGUUGAUCGUCAAGCGAUUGAAGAUCGCCUUCGUUUAUUCAUCCGUCCAAAUGUUUCUUCAUUUUUGUUGGGACAUCGAUGCACGGACUCAAAUUUCAUGCACCGUGUUCACUCUUAUAUAAAUCUUCAUCCAUCUUUAUUCCAAGAAAUAAUUUACGAAGACUGCAGUCCUCAAAUUAAGGCGAUCGGACAAUAUGCUGAGAAUGAUUCAGAUUUUUGUAGUAACUUUUAUGAUAACGCAUCUGAUAAUAGUCGGAUUACAAGGAAGAAAUCCAACAGUACGGUUAAAAAUUGGUCUGAUAACUGUAUUUUCAUGUGA